AUGAAAAGAAAAAGUAGUCAUCAUCAGAACAAUAAUAAAUACGACGAUAAUGAAAGUACUAAUAAAUAUGAUGAUAAAUCAAAAAGUAAACACAAAGGUUCAGAUAUAAUAACAAGUAAUGGUGACAAGAAAAGGGAUGAUAGUUAUAGAAAGAAAGACGAUGACAAAAGAAGCUCCAAAAAAUAUGAACGUAAAAAUGAUAAUAGUAUAUAUGAGAAUCGAAAAAACCAUGAUAAAAAAGAUGAUGAAUAUUCAAAAAAUGAUAACAAUAUGAAUAAAAGAUAUGAACAUAAAAAUUAUGAUGAUGAAAAAAUAAAAAAAAAAUUAAAAACUUCCGAUAAAUAUGAAGAAAAAAAAUAUUCUAGAAAAAGAAGUAAUGAUAAUAAUAGAAGUGAUUAUUAUUAUUAUAAUAAAAAAUAUGAAGAAAAAAGAAAAGGAAAAAAUACCAAUAAUCAUGAUAAAAAAUAUGAUGAUAAUAGUUAUACAUCACAUGAAAGAAAUUCAUAUGAUAAUAGAAGAUCAUCAAGUUAUAAAUAUAAAUCAAGACAUAGAGAUGUAUCACAAAUUAAUAACAAAAGAAUGAGUAAUAAAUAUAAUAAUGAUAAUUAUUAUUCAGAUUCUUCAAAUGAUAAAUAUUCUCGUUAUAACAAAAAAGAUUUUUAUGGGAGAAAUAAAAGUAGAAGUGCUAGUCGAGACAAAUCUUAUAACAAUAAAUACAGUAGAAAAAGUAUUGAAGGAAUCAAAAAAAACAGACAAUCAAGUUAUAGAUAUGAUGAUAAAAGAGAUAGUCACUUAAAUAAUUAUCACCCUCAUCAUGGAAGUACUAUAAAAAAUGCUACUCAUGAUGAUGCUAAUGAUGAUCAUGAAAAUGAUACAAAAGAAGAAAGAGAAAUACAAAAUGAUGAAAUAAAUGAAGAAGAAAGAGAUAUGCAAAAUGAAUACGAUGGAGAUUAUUAUAUAUCUGAAUCUUAUCAAUAUAAUAAUAAAUAUGAUUAUAAAAAAAAAGGGUAUGAACAAGAAAGAAGAAAUAGAUCAACAUAUGAAGAAGAAAAUGAUAAAGAUUAUGAAAUAGAAGGAAAUGGAGAUAACGAAUAUACAUCUAAUAUAUAUCAUCCAAAUAAAAAAGAUAAUUAUAAAAGUAAAAAUUUUAAUAAUGUACCUUAUGAUCAAAAAAUGAGUAAUAGAAAAAAUAUAAAAUCUAAAGAUAAUAAAAUGAAAAACAUAAAGAAUAUGAAAAAUGUAAAUGGACAGAAUAAUAAUAUGUUAAAAGGAAAUAUACAUGAUGAUAAUAAUUUUAUGUAUUAUAAUAAAAUGAAUGUUGAACAAGAAAUGAAUACUGAUGAAAAAAAUUAUAAUGAUAAUAAUGAGGAUAAUUAUAUAGAUGGUAAUACAAAUAAUAAUUUUAAAAACUAUACAAAUAAUCAUAUGAUGGGUAAUAUGAAAAACUUUCUUAAUUCAAAUAAACCAAAUAACAACAAUAUGAAUAAUAUGAAUAAUACACCAUUUAAUAUGAUAAAUUUUAAUAAUAGUAAUAAUAUGAGUGGUCAUACAUUUAAAAAUAAUAUGUAUAAUGAAGGAUCUAUAAAUGGAGUUAAUAACCACCCUAUUAAUAAUAAUAUAAACAUGAUACCACAAGAUGAUCAGAAAGAUUUUUUUAAUCCUUUAAAAAAAAAUAGUAAUUUACAAACAACACACAUAGAUGCUAGUAAUAAUAUCAUACCACCUCCACCCAAUACAGAUAAUAGAUUUUUUAAUAUUAAUAGAAAAAAUUUAUUAUUAAUUCCUAAUGAUAAACAAAUGAAAAUUAAUAAUAUGGGUAAUACAACAGGUAUGCCAUAUAAUCAUAUUAAUAUGAUAAAUAAUUCAAAUAUGAUAAAUAAUUCAAAUAUGAUAAAUAAUCCAAAUAUGAUAAAUAAUUCAAAUAUGAUAAAUAAUCCAAAUAUGAUAAAUAAUCCAAAUAUGAUAAAUAAUCCAAAUAUGAUAAAUAAUCCAAAUAUGAUAAAUAAUCCAAAUAUGAUAAAUAGACAAUCUCAAGUUGGACUUAUGAAUAAUACCUUUAUCGAAUUUGAUAUGAAAGAUAAAAAUAUAGAAAAUAGUAAUAUGAAUAAUCAAGCAAAUAUAAAUAUUAUGUCAAAUAAUAAUAUACCACCCCCACCAGAUACAGAUAUAAAUAAAAACAAAAUGAUUGUUCCUCCACCUUAUGCAAAUGAAAAUACCCCAUCUCUUAAUCCACCUCCCCCUAAUUUUCAUAGCACUGUAAUAAAUAGAAAUUCGAUUCCACCCAUGUAUCCUACUUCAUUAAGAAGUAAUAGUAUGAUAAACAAUAAUAUGAUAAAUAAUAAUAUGAUAAAUACUGAUGGUAUGGUUUUACCUCCAAAUAUGAAUCAUCCUAAUAAUAUGAUGAAUGUAACAAAUAAUAUGAUGGUAAAUCCUCUUCAUAUGAAUAAUGAAAUGAAGAAUAUGUCAUUUAAUAAAAAUAUGAAUAUAUCAAAAACUACAAAUAAUAAUGUGGUUCUUACUAAAAAUGUAAAUAGUUUAAUAAAUAUGCAAAGGGAACCCCCUUUAAAUUCAUAUAAUAAUCCUUUAGGUUUUAAACCUUUCAAUUAUGAUGACCCAAAUAAUAUUCCUAUCAAUUAUGAAGAAAGUGCAUGGUUUAAUAAUAAUCAAAUGAAUAGUGGUAAUAAUAAUAUGUACAAUAUGAAUGAUACUACCUUAAAACCUAAAGAAGAUGCUAUUCGUAUGAGUGGAAUAAACGACAAUCAUAAUAAUAAUAAUAAUAAUAAUAAUAAUAAUGAAGAAAAAGGAGAAGAAAUAGAAGAGGAAGAAGGAGAAGGAGAAGGACAAAGACAAGGUGAAAGAAGUGAAAAAAAAGAGAAAGAUAAUAAAAACAUGUUAAUACAAACAAAUCAACAUAACGAUGAAUUAUUAUCAAAUCGAAAUGAUUUUAUGAAUAAUGAAAAGAAAGAAUUAACAAAAGAAGAAAAAUUACAUGAAUGGUUAGAAUAUGAAUUAACAAAUCAAACAAAUAUUAUAUCUGAUGCAAUACAUUUAAUGCCUAUAUAUCUGACAAAAAAAAAAACAAAUCAAAAAAUAAUAAAUGAAAUGUUAUCAUGUAAUAAUGAUAUUAAGUCAAAGAAUAAAAGUAGUCAUAAUAUGAUGGAUCAAAUGAUAAAUAAAAAAUUAAUGAAUGAAUCAAUAAAUAAACAAAAAAUCAAUAAUUUUCCAGAUUUAUUAAAUAAUAUUAAAUAUUCACAAAAAGAUGAUUUUUUAUUUAAAGAAAAAAUGUCAUACAAAUUUAUGGAAUUGAAAACUAUUAAUCCCUUACAACAAUCAAAUAAAUAUAUGACCUCUAAAAUAAACACAAGAAAUAAUAAUAAAAUAACAAACAAUAUGAUACAUAUGGUUGAUGACCAAAAUUAUUUGGAGAAAUUAAGAGAUCAAAUUUUAUCAAAUAAUAAUUCAAAAAAAAAUAUAAAAAGUAAUUCUAUUUUCAAAAAGGACCACCAACAAGAUGAAAAAGGAGAAGAUAAAGAAGAAGAGAAGGAAGAAAAGAAAGAAGAAAAAGAAAAAGAAGUUGAUGAAUUUUUAACCCAUUUUGUUAGUACGAAUGAAAAUUUAUUUACACAUGUUUAUUAUAACAACAUAAAAGAUAAUAACGAUGUCGUUUCAAACUUGUCAGAUAGGUUACAAGAUGAUAAUAAUAAUAAUAAUAAUAAUAAUGAUAAUAAUAAUUGUAGUAGUAAUGCUAAUGAUGAUGAAAUAAAUGAGAAUAGUAAUAAUAAUUUCUUCUUAAAUCUCAUGAAAUCCAAAUUAAAAAAUCCAUUUUCUCUUCUAACAACAUUGAGCACAAAAAAUAAAGAUGAUACAGAAAAGAAAACAGAUAAUAUUGAUACAACAAAUAAUAUAGAUAAAAACAAUUUGCUCAAUUCAAAAAAUAAUAAUAAUAAUAAUAAGGAUAAUAAUAAUGAUCUUAUCAAACAAAAUAAAAAUAUGAACGAUUUAAUAGAUAAAAAUAAUUUCAGCUAUAAACUUUAUCUACUCUCAUUAAUGCAAGAAAAAAAUAAAAACUUACAAACAAUACAAUUAAAUAAUUCACAUUUAAAUACAAAACAAAAAAAUAACGAUCAUACACUUACACUUAAAGACAAAAUCGACAUCUCGUCAGUCAAUUUAUUCUUUUUAAAUAAUUACACUAUCAAAUCCGACGAUUGCAUUAAUACAUUUUAA